AUGUGGCUGUCAGGCGAUCGGGUACCGAGGCGUCAAGGCUUUGUCACUGUCGGAUCGUGUCGGUACACAGAGCGGCAGAACGGGGUGCUACAACCAACCACGGAUGCGACGAGCGAAGAGGAUGUUCUGGUCGGGGAUCCGACAGGACCCAUGGUCGAUUACCCGCAGUACGACCCGCUUCUGAAACGCCCCGCAGCAGUCAGUAACCAGGUCGUGAAGUAG